CUGGAGCGGGAAGAGCCGCGGUCCAGGCUGCAGCCAUGCCGCUCGAGCUCCGCGCGCUGCUGUUCGGCUUCGUAACGCUGCUGGCCGUCCUGCUCAUCAUCGACGAUAUUGCAGAAGUGGAGGAAGAAACUGCAAAUAUUGGACAUUCAAAGGAGAUGAACUCACAGCGGCUCAUUCCUAAACCACACAGAAAGGCCGCAGCGCUCGUGGAUCCCACCACUUUGAUCCAACAGAAGACAGACACUGAUCACCGUCCUCCAAGCUACAAUGCUUCUGCCAGACCCUCGCCUCAUACCUGGACCUUCAAUAAGACCCUCUCCACCCUCAUCAGGAAGAACAUUCUGAGGUUCCUUGACCCGGAGAGAGAUAUCUCCAUCCUCAAAGGCACACUGAAGCCGGGAGACAUCAUUCACUACGUGUUUGAUCGCCACAGCACCACAAACAUCUCGGAAAAUCUCUAUCGUCUCCUGCCAACGAUAUCCCCCAUGAAAAACCAGCACCACCGGCGCUGCGCCAUCGUGGGGAACUCUGGGAUCUUGCUCAACAGCAGCUGCGGACCUGAGAUCGACUCUCACGACUUUGUGAUCAGGUGUAACCUGGCGCCGGUGGAGGAGUUCUCUCGGGACGUGGGCCGCCGGACCAACCUGGUGACCAUGAACCCGUCGGUGGUGCAGCGGGCCUUCCAGGACCUGGUCAGCGAGGAGUGGAGGCAGCGCUUCCUGCAGCGCCUGCGGAGCCUCAGCGGCAGCGUGCUGUGGAUCCCCGCCUUCAUGGCCAAGGGCGGCGAGGAGCGGGUGGAGUGGGCCCUCCGGCUCAUCCUGCGCCACACGGUGGACGUGCGCACCGCCUUCCCGUCGCUGCGCCUGCUCCACGCCGUCAGAGGGUAUUGGCUCACCAACAACGUCCACAUCAAGCGCCCCACCACGGGCCUCCUCAUGUACACCAUGGCCACGCGCUUCUGCGAGGAGAUCCAUCUCUACGGCUUCUGGCCGUUCCCGCUGGACCCGCAGGGCAAACCGGUGAAAUACCACUACUACGACGCUCUGAAGUACGAGUACACCUCCAGCUCCAGCCCGCACACCAUGCCCCUGGAGUUCAGGACCCUGAGCGCGUUGCACAGACACGGGGCGCUGCGGCUCCACACCGGGACCUGCGACCCGCAGACGGACCCGGAGCGGCAGGUAUCCUGAAGGGUCCCCGUCGUCAUGGAAACCACUUUCCUAACAGAGUAGACUUAGUACGGGCAGUUUUCUUGCUGCUGCAACUUUUGUGAAACUUGAAGUAACUGAUUUUCAGUAAUUGGGAUGAACAUUUUCUAUUUUAAAACUCCGAGAGUGAGUCAGUCCUCUUGUAUGUUUUACCUUUAUUGAGAUUUCUAUGGCAACCGUUAACCUUCU